AUGGGAGAUGAUGCCGCACUCAGCCCCGGCUUCGUGGGACCGCUUCUCAACCUCCACACCGGGGACCACUUCUACCUGCCCGGUUUCCGCGGCUCCGGCUCUCUGCCGCCGCUGACCUACCCGCGGCGAGAAGCCGUCUGCGCUCUGCCCUGGGCUCCGUCGGAGCCGGCGGCGAGCGCCUACUCGCAGAGUUACCCAAACGGGGCGCCGGCUCCAGUGGAGCCCGCCUACAGCCGGACCUGUGUCCACUCUGAACCGCCGGCCAAGAACUUUUACCAUGGGGGAGUUGCUCAAAAGGCGGCCUCCGGACCCACCAAGUUCCAGCUCCCGGCCUCUACAAAUACCGCCGCCGACACGCCAGAGGGCUGUCCCGCGCUGGGAACCGAAUCCGCCUCCACUUUUCUGAACUCCGUUGGUGAACCUGGCGGCUGCUCGCCGCUCGCCCCGCGGGAAACGUUCGCCGAUUCGGCAACGUCCUGGUAUCACCUCCAUUCCCGAUCAAGGAAAAAGCGGAAACCAUACUCCAAAAGCCAGAUCGCGGAGCUGGAGGGGGAGUUUAUGGUGAAUGAGUUUAUCACGCGGCAGCGGCGCAGGGAGCUCUCCGACCGACUGGUCCUCACCGACCAGCAGGUGAAAAUCUGGUUCCAGAACCGGCGGAUGAAGAAGAAACGAUUACUCCUCCGUGACCAAGCACUGAGUCUCUACUAG